AUGACCGCACGACUACCACAGCUCGUCGAUUGCACAGACACUCUGAACUUCCGAGGCGUGAUCACUGACCAGCACAGACGUAACCUUGUCUUUGACGCUACCCACCUCAGAACCACACUUGGCCGCAACAGCGCUUACUCAUGCAACAUUGUCUACGCUGACAUGAAGUUUUUUUUCGACCUAAUCGUCGUCUUCUAUUCACUGCAGACCGGUGCGUCUAUUGAAACAACCACAGACGGGCCGGGCACCAUAGACGGAGCUCAGCACUAUACACCUCGAGAACCCGUAGCUCUCGCCGUGGAAGCAAAAGCUUCUGCAAGCUUCGCUUAA